AUGUCGAGGCAGGCGCAGCUUAUGGACACGCUGAAGAAGGAGGUGAGAUCGCUGCUAAUAGCUACCAAAGAGGGGCUAACCCCAACGCAGCUGGAGCAAGAGUACGUGGCGAUGAUUGGCAAACCUCUUCCUCUGCGUGACCUGGGCUUCCAGUCCACGAUGGAGUUGGUGGCGGAUAUGCCUGAAGUUGUCAGAGUCUCUCUCCACGGCAAAGGCACUUUUAUCCUGAAAGCUGUUGCAGAUGAGACCACCAAGGACAUUGCAAAACUGAUUGCCAAACAAAAGACAAGUGUUAAGACACGGAAUGCUGCACCAAGGGCAAAUGCUUUCCCUUGCUCCAGGAAUCAGCAGAGGUUCCCUCGGAGGGGCAGGACUCCUCCUGUCCUGCCAGCGGCAGUGAAGAGCGAGCUGAAGGAUCUGCUGAGUUCCUCACCGGUUCUGCUCUCAGGCUUCAAUAAAGCCUUCUCCAGACGCUUUGGCCGGCCAUUCAAGUACACGCAAUAUGGAUUUUUCUCCAUGCUUGAAGUGCUCAGUAGUGUGUCUGAUAUCAUUGCAAUUGAACAGUCAAGAGCAGGUUCUUUGCUGACCCUCAAGAAGAGCUCCUCAACUGAAGAACAGCAGGAAAAGAUGCCACAGGUUGCAGCCCCUGCGGUUGAGACUCCUCCUCCAGAACCCAGCUGUGACACAGAAAGCUUCCAUCAGACCACAGAAGAGAAGUCAGAACCAGAGGAAACACAAGUAGUGGAUUUUGGGGACAGACUGAAACAAUUGGAGAAAGACUUUAAGAUAAUGCUGUAUGAGAAAGGAGCUGGAGGGACAGUAAGCUCAGCCCUCAAGGAAAAAAUUCGAACUGUUGUAGCCAAGUAUCCUGAUGGUUUACGUGUUUCCAAGCUACGUGAUGAGUUUGAGGCACAUUUCAAAGAGAAUCUCUGUGUGAGGGAGCUUGGUUUCAUAGACGUGUUGGAGUUUGUUGGCAGCCUUCAUGACGUCCUCCAUAUUGAGUGCAAAGAAGGUGAACAAGACUGGCUGGUGUUUGACCUCAAAUCCAGGUGCUUAACAGAUGUUUCACCAGACGAGCAGUCAGAGCGUGAGAACUCCUCGUGUUGGUCCCCACCCCCUCCUGCUGCUGAGGUCUCCCAGAACUCUUCUCCUGGAAAGCCUGAGGAUGCGGACCUGAAGCAAAGCAGAGCGUUCAAUGUGGUCACAAAGUCAUUUAAACCGCCCCAAGGUUUGGAGUACUCCCUGCUAGCCAUGGAGAUGACGACUUCAGAAAUCCCCCCAGAUGCUGUUCAAAACAUAAGCCUUUGCAGCUUGCCACCACUGGAGAGAAGCUGCUUGGUGGGAGUCUUUGUGGAAUUCAUCAUCUCUCCUAGCCAGUUCUACAUCCAGGUCUACAGCAGGGAAACAUCCGAUAAGCUGCAGGAUCUGAUGAUUGAGAUGAGACGCUGCUAUUCAAAUAAAAUCAUUUCUGAUCGUUAUACCAUGCCCGAGUCCUCCGUGCAGCCUGGACAGCUUUGCUGUGUAAUGAUUUCUGAGGAUAAAUGGUGGUACCGGGUUAUCAUCCACCGUGUGCUUAGUGACCAGGAAGUGGAGGUGUUCUACGCAGAUUUUGGAAACCUGGGCACUGUUCAAAAGUCUUGGCUGAGAUUCCUCAAGUGGUGCUUCUUGAAGCUCCCUGCUCAGGCUAUCCCGUGUUCCUUGGCAUGGGUGAAACCCGUGAAGGGUACAUGGACCGAUGCAGCAACUCUCCAAUUCCGGAAGUUGUGUGGCUCAAAGCUACUUGUGGGCAUUGUGGAUGAAUAUGUGAAUGGCGUUUUGUAUCUCUUCUUGUGUGACACAUCCUCUGAGGGGGAUAUUUACUUCCACAGUGUCUUGGAGGAUAAAGGACAUGCUGAGGUCUGCAGAGAGAACAUUCCUUGCCAGGGAUUCGAGGAACUGAAUCCUUUGGCCUUGUAUGUUCAGCCCAGUGCAAAGCAGGAGAGUGCUGGGCUGGUGGAGCCAGAUCUUCACUUGCAGCAGGAAUCACUAGAUACAGAUAGCGGAACUGCAAGCUCCAGGCUCGACAGGGGUGAACUGUGUGACCAGGAUGAAGCAAACCUUUCUCCAGGGAUGCCGUACCUGGAGCCAGUCUACAUGGACACAGAUUUCUGGGACAAGAAUGAGCUCCCUCUGCAAGCCGUUGAGAAGGACACCUGUGUCAGUGGUGAGGCUGUGGGUUUGGAUGCUGUGGCAUCUUCCAGCCAGCCUGUCAGUGACGAAGGAGGAAGUGAGAACCAGCAAAACAAAGAGCAAAUACAGCAGGAAUGGCGCUUGUCUGCUGACGUAGAGAUGUGGGAUGAUGUGUGGUCGCUCUUGGAUGAGGUAGAUGUCCCAAGAGCAGCGGAUGAAGACCCUGAAUUUACAAAGGAGCAUACAAAUGAAAACACCUCAGAGCUUAUGACAGUGGUUAAGACACCACAUUCUCUUGGAGAGUCCUCACAGCCUGCUGUCUUAUCCAAGCCAGUGGAAGACUUUUACAUCUCCCUCAUCUCCUCCAGCCAACCAGCAGAAAAGAGCCAAGAUGACCCUGAUCAGACAGAAAGAUGUUCUAACAAGGCCCAGCUUCUUGAAGCUGUACCUGCCUCUGUUCUGCUUCUGGCAACACCAUUUAUCCUGGACCAAUGUAACAAUAAAGAGAAAGUGAAGAACAAAGACCUUCCCAAGACGCAGGCAGUUGUCCUCUGCAGCGCCAGUAGACUAGCUGACCAGGAGGCACAUCAGAAACUCUAUGUCCCUCCUACCUCACCAUCUGCAACGUUGGGAGCUGCUGCGCGCUUGGCUGCUUCCAGUGGUCUCUUCCAGUGGUUUCCAAGCCUGAGAAAGGAGAUGUGAAGAGAAGGGAGAAGUUGUAGCUGGAGCGGCUGCCAAGGAAGUAAUGAUGUCUUCUGCUGCAACUGCCUGGAGCAGUGAGGGCACUCUGUGUGACUGUCCUGUCACUUUCUUGGUUCAGAAGUGUUUCAUCCCGUGAAUAACUUGG